AUGUCGACGACGGAUCCGUUACUCACAACAAUUGAACCCGAUGAGGUCGCUCCCGCCGAAAACACCUCGAGUACGAGGAACCAGCCUCAGAGAGAACAAGUGGUACUUACCCCAACUAACCGGGCUCAGGGAAAUGCAUCAGCGUCAGAUGUGGAAGCAGGUCUCUCUGGGAUACUGAGGCAGUCCUCCCAUCCUACCGUUCUAUUCUUCCUCUAUCUCUUUCGGAUUGCUGCCAUUGCGGUGUACCUGUUGUGCGGAUUCUUCACAGAUAAUUACGUACUCUCAACUGUUGUUGUAGUUGUCCUGCUGGCUAUGGACUUCUGGAACUGUCGCAAUGUCGCUGGGCGCCGCUUGGUGGGACUUCGCUUUUGGAACCAAGUAGAUGAAGAUGGUGAAAGUUACUGGGUCUUUGAGAGUCGCGACCCUUCACGGCCUGCCAACCCAAUUGACUCAAAAAUGUUUUGGACUGCCCUCUACGUCUUCCCGGUACUCUGGGUCCUUUUGUUCAUUGUAUCGCUCCUCAAAUUCAACAUUUCGUUUGUUCCGAUAGUUGGGCUUGCCCUGGUAUUCAAUAUCACAAAUGUGAUUGGAUUCACUUAUGCUGACCGGGAUGCAAAACAAAGAUGGGCCUCGUCGGUUGCAGGCGAUGGCUGGAACAUGGGCCUGGGUGGCAUUGGUGGACGUAUUCUAGGAGGUGCAGUUAGGAACAGCGUCGGGAGAGCUUUCGGUUUGUGA